AUGGUUCCCCAAAUCAAACAGGACCCCGACGCGGCAUCACCGUAUAUCAAGCCCGACCCGGACAGCAAAGAUGCUGUCCUCGCCGACAUUGACGAUCAAGAUCUCUAUGAAGAUGCCGGUGAUCUAGACUUUUCGAACGCUUCGCAGAGCGUAUGGCUCUCUCGCAUUCCUCGAACUCUCUGGGAGCAUUGGUCCAACCUCGACGAUGAUGAAGAAAUUCAGAUCGGGACGGUUAGGAUUGAGGGCCCACUAAACGAUAUCAAAAGGAAAGUCUUGCAAUCUCUCAAACCGAAACGCGAAACCGUCUUCAUCGACAAGGUCCCUGGAAAGCUCCUUCAGGCCAGACACGUUCUACCGGGAGAAAAGGGCGCCUUCGUGAUAACGACGAUAUGCAGUUUGAAAAUGUCCCAUAAAGACUAUUGGAUCUAUGUAGCAUAA